ACCCGUACAGUCGUACCCUUUCCCUCCGUUCAUAAACGUCCUCAUCAAUAUCCGCCAUUCCAAAUCUGAAUUUCCUUUUUCCCCAAUUCAAAACCCUAGAAACCCUCUCCUCUAACUGCACCUCCGAUUUUCCCUCUUUUCUCCAUCAAUAUUCAAUGGCCGCCGCCCCGGCGAGGGACCAGGCGCUCUCCCUGCUCGCCGCCGCGAACAACCAUGGCGAUUUGGCCGUCAAGCUGUCGUCAUUGAAGCAGGCCAAAGACAUCUUGUUUUCUAUUGAGCCGUCGCAGGCGGCUGAGCUUUUCCCUUACUUGGCCGAGCUUCAUUCUUCCCCCGAAACGCUAGUCAGGAAAUAUCUCCUUGAGGUAAUUGAUGAGGUUGGGGCCAAACCAAGCGAACAUCUUUGCAUAUUAUUUCCCGUCUUAUUGACAUUUUUGAAAGAUAAUAAUCUCAUUGUUGUAAAGCAAUCUAUUAUCACUGGCACAAAAUUUUUCUCUUGCGUGCUGGAAGAGUUGGCUUUACAGCAUCAACGGCGUGGAAUAGUUGAGAGAUGGCUUGAAGAGCUUUGGACAGGGCUGAUCAAAUUUAGGGAUGCUGUUUUGGCCAUUAUCUUUGAGGCGGGGCCUAUUGCUCCAAAGUUGUUAGGGAUAAAGUUUCUCGAAACAUUUAUUUUAUGCUUCACAUUGGAUUCAACUGAGUUUGAAAUGUGCAACCCUGAAGUAAUGGUGAGGCAAGGUAGGAUGUUUAACAUCUCAUGGAUAGCGGAGAGUCAUCCUGUUCUGAAUCCUCCUGCCCUCAUGUCUGACGCAAAUAGAUAUCUAGGGAUCUUUUUGGAAAUUUUGCUGUCAGCUAGUAAUUUGCCUGGUAGCGUGACGAUUACUACUGUUAAUAGUCUUGUAGCUAUUGCAAGGAAAAGGCCUGUCUACUACAAAACUGUCUUGAAGGCACUGCUUGAUUUUAGUCCAAGUGUAGAGAUGGCUAAAGGUCGCCACACAGUCAGCAUUCAGUAUUCUCUGAGAACUGCGUUUCUAGGUUUUUUAAGGUGUACACAUCCUUUCAUGACCGAGUCAAGAGAGAAAUUGCUUAAAGAGUUACGAGCAAUGAAUGCUGGAGAUGCUGCUGAUCAAGUUAUCCGCCAAAUAGAUAAAAUCAUGAGGAACAAUGAACGUGCUCCACGUGAUCUUCAGGUCAAUAAGGAUGAUCAGCUGUCAAAUCAGUUGCAUAUUUCAGGGGAUUCGACUAAGAAAAGGACCGCUCAAUUUGACCAUGAGGAUCAGAAUAAUAUUUAUGAUGCCUCUUCUAAAAGGCUGCGUCAUGGUCCUCAUAGCAAUACAAAUGCCGCAGCAGAUACUAAUGAUGAUAGGCAGGAUCAUGUUAAUGGCAUAUCUGCUAAGCCCCCUGUGUUGGAUGGUGGUCUAACUCCUGUGGAGCAGAUGAUUGCUAUGAUUGGCGCUUUAAUUGCCGAAGGGGAAAGAGGAGUGGAGUCUCUGGAAAUUCUUAUAUCCAAUAUUCAUGCCGAUCUACUUGCUGAUAUAGUCAUCACAAAUAUGAAACACUUGCCCAAGAAUCCACCUCCUUUGACAAAAUAUGGUAACUUGUCUUCGAAACAUCGUAGUGACACAAGCGAUCCUAUCCAUGUAGUUGCAUCGAAUGGUUUUGCAACUUCUACUCAGACGUUAGACCAUUCAGCUCAAUUACCUGCUUCAUCAUUGAGCACGACUAGCUUUGCUGUUUCAGAUACAUUUGCUUCUGCUAAUCUAUCUACAGAUUCUAAACGUGAUCCACGAAGGGAUCCUCGUCGUCUUGAUCCAAGACGGUUGGUGGUUCCUGUUGAUGUGCCCCCAACAUCUGUUUUGGAAGAUAAUGUUGUCCAAUAUCCAACUGUACAGUCAGAUUUCAACCCUGUCAGCUCCUCCAGCGCACUCAUAUCGGUACCUCAAUCUGUUCCUGAAAGUGCUCCUCAGCCUCUGAUGCCCACAAUUCAAACUGACAUAAAUCUUCCAGACUCCCCGAUGACAAUUGAAGUGGACGAGUCUAUCCAGAACGAUGAAGUCCUUGAUUUUGAUGCCAACGCAAUCACUCCAGAUAAGGAUGCAGAUUAUUCUGUACAUAUGUUACCAUCUUUUAGCAAAGCUGAGGACAUUGUUUCUCAUGCAUCAAUGGAUGUAGCCAUGCUUGAUGAGGCGUACUCACCUUCAUCAGAAGAAUCUGAUGAACCACUGCCAGAUAUUUCAAAUGCUGAAGCAUCUGAGAGUGCAUCUGCUGAGUUACCAGUGCUUCCCUUGUACAUUGAGCUGGAUGAAGCUCAUCAAAUACAUGUAAAAAGACUGGCACUUGAACGCAUAAUUAACAAGUACCAGAAUUCACACAGAACAGAUAUUAAACAAACACAAAUUGCAGUGGUCGCCCGACUGUUCGCACAGAUUGAUGCUAGUGAUGUGAUUGGGAUGGUGCAGAAACUGAUUAUAUCAGAUUAUGAACAGCAAAAGGGUCACGAGCUUGUGUUGCAUAUCCUAUACCAUCUCCAUAGUCUUGUGAUCUCAGAUUCUGCAUCAUCUGCUGCUGCUGUAUAUGACAAUUUCCUUCUGGCAGUGGCAAAAUCUUUGCUAGUUGAUUUACCAGCAUCUAACAAGUCUUUUAGCCGACUUCUCGGUGAAGUUCCCCGCAUACCUGAUUCCAUAUUGGGGAUGCUGGAUGACAUGUGUACCAAAAGUCAUUCUGGAACUGAUGGCCGUGAUGGUGAUCGUGUCACUCAGGGCCUUGGAGCAGUGUGGAGCUUAAUUCUUAGUCGCCCUCUCAUUCGCCAAGCAUGUCUAGAUAUAGCUUUGAAGUGUACUGUGCACCCAAAGGAAGAUAUCCAGGCUAAAGCUAUACGCCUGGUGUCAAACAAACUCUAUGCAGUUAGCUUUAUUUCUGACUGCAUCGAGCAAUUUGCAAAGAACAUGUUCUUGUCAGCUGUAGAUCAGCAUUCUUCAGAUUCAUUACUAUUAGAGUCUGCAAAUUCUGACAGAAGAAUUGGAGGACAGGUAGAAAGUGCAGAAACAUCCACCAGUGGGUCUCAAGUUCCUAAGCCUGGGAUUUCUCCAAAUGAGACUAUGAAAGGAGUUCAGGAUGCACCCCUAGAUGAUUCAUCAAAUAUAUUUUCUCAAGCUCACAGGCUAAUGUCCUUAUUUUUUGCACUCUGUGCUAAGAAACCAAUUCUUCUUCAACUGGUUUUUGACAGCUAUGUCCGUGCUUCGAAGACUGUUAAGCAGGCUGUCCAUCGGCAUAUAAACGUCUUGAUGAGGGCUCUGGGGUCAUCGUAUUCAGAAUUACUUCAUAUAAUCUCAAAUCCACCUCAAGGAAGUGAAGAUUUGUUGACACAGGUUCUUCAUUUGUUAUCCGAAGGGCGAGCACCACCUACAGAUUUGGUGGUGACUGUUAAACAUUUAUAUGAAACUAGGCUGAAGGAUGCUUCUAUUCUUAUUCCUAUCCUAUCCGCUUUUUCUAGAGAUGAGGUUUUACCUAUUUUCCCUCAGCUUGUCCAGCUUCCUCUACCCAAGUUUCAGAUGGCACUGGCUCAUAUAUUACAGGGCUCUGCUCAUACAGGUCCUGCAUUAACGCCUGUUGAAGUCUUGGUGGCAAUCCAUGACAUUUCUCCUGAGAGAGAUUGUCUUCCACUGAAAAAGAUCAUGGAUACUUGCUCAGCUUGUUUUGAGCAGCGCACGGUUUUUACACAGCAAGUCCUGGCUAAGGCCUUAAACCAGAUGGUUGACCGAACUCCACUUCCACUGCUCUUCAUGAGAACUGUAAUCCAAGCAAUUGAUGCUUUUCCGACACUGGUUGAUUUUGUCAUGGAAAUCUUGUCUAAACUCGUCAACAAGCAGGUUUGGAGAAUGCCAAAACUAUGGGUUGGCUUCUUGAAAUGUAUCUCUCAAACACAACCACAUUCCUUCAACGUAUUGCUCCAGAUGCCGUCUCCUCAGCUUGAAAGCGCUCUAAGCAAGUAUCCGAAUCUUCGUGGUCCACUUACUGCUUUUACAAACCAGUCAAGUAUUAAAACCUCUGUGCCUAGGACAACCCUAUUGCUUCUUGGCCUUGCAUCUGAACCACACAUGCAGCAACCACACGCUGUUUCGUAUCUGCAGGCCUCCGAUGGCCCGGCACAUACGUGACGUGACACGAGCAAAACUGGAACACCAAAGCUGUAAACAAUCAGGGUGAUCAUGUCACAUUCCUCACAUGGCUGCAAAAAAUACCACCAGGCAGCGUGGCUCCGGAGCUGUUUUUGGAAUUGCCAGUGUGUAGUUCCUCGCUCCCUGCUCGAUGAGGGAGUCAUUCGAGUCGAGUGAUGGUUCCUUCUCAGUCUGUUUUUUAGCUUUAAACACCAAAUAGAGUUGUGGUUUGUAGGGUGUAGGAUGUUUGUAGGGAGGAGUAUAAUAGCAAUUCUUGUUAUAACUACAGUAUGGCAUAAUAAAUUUAAUAUGUGAAAUUGAAUCAACAAAGGUAAUGAUACCUAAUUUAUUAUCCAUUUCUUUGGUUCAAUAUUA